UUGUUGGGGAAGGGUGUGCUAGCAACUUCUUCUUCGACCCGAACGGUUUCCGCUGUCCGACACGACAGUAACGUUGACCGAAGGGAGACAUUAUAUUUGUAAACGGACUUGCGGCCGCUACGGGAAGACUUGGUAGCACUUACCGGACAGUAUCGUAAACGGACUUGCGGCUGCUACGGGAAAGGACUGUAGCAUUUACAUGACUGACACAUUUGACUUACAAAAAGCGCCCAAUGUAUCGGUUUGACAGAAGAAAAUCACACACGAAAAUGAUAAAAUGACAGACUCUUUCUUAAGACUACUACGGAACGACGUGACGACUCCGUAAUGAGGGUGACGCCACGGCGACGCUGAUCUACCUCUCAACCGUCUGUCAAUCCAGUCAUCACUUCCAGCAGCUGUAUUUUAAAGGCUUCGAGAAUUUCUCUUCAGUACCUCUGGACUUGAAUCCGUACAGCUCGAGUAAGAUGCUGAUGAGGAGAUGAGAAAAUCGGCAAGAUGUCUGCUGUCACUAUGUACUGCAGUGAGCGAAAAUGAAACCGAGAGAACGCCCUUGUUACGCAUUCAAAUGAUUUCAUUCCUAGUCCAGCUGAAGAUUAACAAAUAAAUAGGAUUCCUUCGCGAAUGCGUGACUGAACCCUUUGGAAAUCGAGUAUACGCGCAGCUUGGAUUCUCUCUGGACGAGCCUUCGUAGAGCAUCCAUCAUGAAAUAUACAACAGCCAUAUUGGUCUGUGUGAUUACUUGCAGCAUUUCCCCCUCCUCAGUUCAGGGUGCAAUCUCCUGGAACAAACUUUUCGGACCUACUGCCGGCGAAGGGGCGAAAAGAUGCGCUUGUUCCUGCGGGAUGCCCAAUCGCCGCAUGCGGGUAGUUGGCGGGAACAAUGCUGAAUUUAACGAGUACCCCUGGAUGGUGGGCCUCCUCUACAAAGGUCACUUCUAUUGUGGCGGAACACUCAUCUCGGAUAGAUACGUCCUCACCGCUGCCCACUGCAUUGAAGGAGUGCGGGUGAACAACUUGAAGAUCAUGGUGGGGGAUCACAUCCGCAGCUUUCCCAUCGAGACCAACAGCAAGGAGUACCAGGCCGUCUACUCUGUGUACCAUCACCAGUUCAACCGCUCCAAUUUCAACAACGACAUAGGACUGGUGAAACUCGGACAGAAAGUGGACUACAAAUGGUAUUCCAGACCAGCCUGCUUGCCUCGACCUGACACUGACUAUGUCGGCGAGAUGGGCGUUGUGACUGGCUGGGGGAGAGAGUCAGAGAAAGGAGACCCGACCGAUACGCUGAGAGAAAUCCUGGUGCCCAUUUUCUCUAAUCCCGUCUGCCAAAACCUUCGGUAUAAGCCUUAUGAAAUCACCCACAACAUGUUCUGUGCCGGGUAUCUCAACGGAGGCACGGAUUCCUGUCACGGUGACAGUGGAGGCGGUUUGCUGUGGCAAGGAAGAGACGGUAAAAUGGACGUCAUAGGCGUGGUAUCGUGGGGCCAGGGCUGCGCCAGGAGGGGAUACCCAGGCAUCUAUACGAGGGUCACCAAUUACCUCGACUGGAUCGAAGAACACACCAAAGACAGCUGCUUCUGCGGCAGGAGAGAAGGCAGGUCUUGAUGUCUGCGCUCACAAGCGACCUCAUAAGAGGUCCACACCAGUGAGCUGGCUGCGAAGGACCUCUUAUAUCCUUUACCAGAGGGAUCCUCCUGAUAUCUUCCUAUGGGAUGCUGUGUGUAUGAACGUUCCUGUCAACUCUAUCUUGUUCCACUGUGUAUACAACAUUACACGUUCAAAGGAAAAGCCUGCUGAAUGACAAACCCAUAUUGAAUUUACUGGACAUGGCCCACUUUAAAUAACAGGUUAUAUCAUCAGAAUCGACAUAGCUUCGCGACGUCAAAAUUGGAAGUGUGGCUUCUUGGUUUUAGGGUUUCGUUUCGGUAUAAUCGACCCUUCUUAGACGUCUUCUUGGCUUUUAAAUUAGGACUCAAAAAGAUUGAACACCGCAGAGCACGUAGACUCAAAACGAAGCUUCAUCCUUCAGAUGAAAGUCAGA